ACUUUCGCUUCGCGAGGCCGUGUCUACAAUAUUUUCUUAAUUCUUUUCAUUGGCCGUUCGUUUUCGUACUUCUUAGAGCGUGACUGUGCUGGUGUUAAUCAUGACAUCCUAAUUAUUGCAAUGUAAUGUUCACUCUUACAUUUAUAUGAUUCAUUGAUUAAAAUCUAGUAAAGUGAGAAUAAAUUUGCGGCCCUCAAUCGUAGUUCCAUAGUAAUAGUUUUUGUCUUUCUUUUUUAAUAAUGGAUGCCUUUAUGAUUUCUGUUAACGAGGUGCUGCACGAUGAGAUUUCCGUUGUCACAAAUACCCUACGCCUGCCACAUUUUCCGGCCGAUCAUAAGAAGGCAAGCUACUUCAGCAAGUGCUUAACAAAAAUAAUAGAUGAUAUAGGUGAAAUGUCUUCAAAAGCACAAAAUAUUGGUGCUACAUUAACUACCGCUAAUAAGUUGCAAAAUUCUCAGCAUACAUUAUAUUUGCUUAAAGAAGCAGCUGCUAAUGGUGGCAAAGGUGAAGUGAUAGGACUACUAAGAGUCGGAAGCAGACAUCUGUAUCUUUAUGAUGACCAGAAGGGAAAAACAUGGGAAGGAUCCCCACUAUGUAUAUUUGACUUUUACGUCAUGGAAAACAGGCAGCAUUGUGGUUUUGGGAAGAUGCUUCUAGACUUCAUGAUGAAAGAUAAGAAUAUUAAGACACCACAAGAAUUUGCAAUUGAUGCCCCCUCCAAAAAAUUACAGCAGUUUUUACACAAAUACUUUGCUUGUAACCUAAUAUGGCAAGGCAACAAUUAUUGUGUGCUGCCUGGAUUCUUUGAAACACAAAGACGAAACACGCCUGAUUCCCCUACACCUAGAUCACCAGUUUCCUCUGCACAUACAUCAUCUGUACCACCUACAACUACAGUAUGUGUUUCCCAAUUCGGACGUUAUUCUGCUGUUAAACCCAAAUGCACUAUAAGCAAGAUUAUUCAUGGUUCUCCUAGAAUAAAGGGAUAAGUAAGCAAGGUUGCUGUCGACUCGAUGGCAGUUGUUUCCUCAGCCCAUGUUAUAUCUUGCAGCAUCAGACAAACUACAUGGCUUCCAGUCCCAUCCGAAGUAAAUCCAUUAAAUACCUCAAUGAUGAGUGUAUAAGGACAAAAGAAUAAACCCCGGUUGAUUAUUACUUGACUUAGAUGAGACGGAACUAUUGCCAAUUGGAAAUUUGACAACGAAGGAAUGCUAUAUAAUUAAAACCGCUAAAUGAUUUAUAUUACAGUUGACAAUUUCUCACGAAUUUUUUGAUAAUUGUACUAAGGAAAGCCACUACUUUUCUUGUAUGGCAUUCUAACACUAGUCUUAAGUGCUCGAAGAGCAUACCUUUCAGCGUUUCGUCACCAUAAAAUGAUUGGAGGUGUUUUUCCAUGGCUGGCAAUGCUCGUCAGAAGAUCAGCCACUCUCCUCUGUCAUUCGCGUACAAAAAUUGUCAAAUAAAGCGACAGUGAUACAGUCGCAGAAGAGAAUGAAGUUCAGGAAAAUAACAACGUUUGUAACAUCCCCAAAAUUAUAAAAAGUGCUUCCACCCCACCGACACAAAGAGAUCAAGAAAUCCAGACUGAAAUAUGCCAUUUAUACGAGUCUCCAUACAUCGUAACAAUAUCACCUUUACUAUCGCAUUUGUCACCCACAACAAGGGAUCAGGUUAAUCAAACUGAUGUAGCCAUUUUAGAAAAUGUCUUCCAUUGGACAACACCACCCAAAAGUGCAAGUCCUUCACCAUCUCGUCUACUGGUUGGUAAGUCCAUGUAUAGAAAUAUGCAUUAUCCUUUGUGGUGAACUGGUGACCCAUAUAGUUUCAGUUUAAAAUUUAACUGUGAAAUAUUGGCACGAUGUACUUUAAUAAACUAUUGGUUUUUUA